UACCGAGCGGCCUUUGACGCGGCAGUGGCAGCGCAGCAGGCCAAGCCGCUGGUGGUGCCGUACGCGGUCACCGGCGCCGUCAUCAUCCCCGUGCUAUACCUCAGUACCCCCCACCGCACCCGCCCCUGGCUGUACCGCCUACGCUUCGCCGUGGGCGCCGCAGUGGUCGCGCUCAACGCCCGCGUGCUGUUCGCCGACGCCACGUCGGCCCGGAACCUGGCUGUCGCCUACGCCGUCGGUCUGAUGCUCGCGUGGGGCACCAUCUGGCCCCUGAUCAUGCUGCUACUACUGAACCCCCAGUUCACCGCUGCCCGGGUGCAGAAGAGAAAAAGGGCAAGUGCAGAUGCCCAUGCUGUGGAGAAACUAAGGCUGGCCCCCGACGAGAGCAUUGCCGCCGUUGCCGAAGCGUACGAGCACUACUGGCAGCCGUUCCCCGAGGGCGGCACCUUUCUCGACCGCCUCGACUGGGUGUGGGACUUGUACUCGUCGUUCAGGGGCGUGGGCUGGAACUGGGCCGCGAAAGCUCUCCCCGGGCCGCCACAGCCAAAGGAGAAACCACUGCCCGGCGGUGGCGGCAUCACGCAGGGCGAGCUGGUGCGGCUCGACGCCAUGCCGGUCGUAUCACGCGCCGGCUUCCGCCGCAUGACGACGCGCCGCGUCUUCGUGCGCGACCGACUCGCGCACAUCGCGUGGUCGUACCUCGUGCUGGACGCGCUGUCCGUGGCCAUGGCGCGAGACCCCUUUUUCGUCCUCGGGCCCGAGUACGAGUACGCGGUCGUCCACCCGCUGCCGGCCGCCCUCGCCGCGCUCCCGCUGCGGGCCCUCGCCGUCUGGCGCAGCGUGUGCCCGGGCCUCGCCAUCCUCGCCGCCAUGUACUGCUACGGGUGCACGUGGGAACUAACACAGUUCUCCCUUAGCAGCCGCACAUCAACAAACCGCGAACUGUGGCGCUACCCGUCGCUGUUCGGCUCCGCAGCCAACGUUCUCGAGCGCGGCCUGGCCGGCUUCUGGGGCGGCUUCUGGCACCAGAGCUUCCGCGUGGCCUUCUCGGCGCCAGCAGCAUGGCUGGUCCGUGCCGGCUACCUGCGCCCGGGGGGGCUGUCGACAAAAGCCGUCGAGGCCGUUGCCGCGUUCGCGCUGUCGGGCGCCCUGCACGCCGCCGGCUCGUUCUCGGCCGCGCCGCGCGCCACCAAGCCGCUGCGCAACGUGCUCUUCUUUGUACUCUCGGGCGCGGGCAUCGUCGCGCAGACGGCCUUUUGCCGCUUCGUUCUGCCGCCCGUGCGGAGACGGUGGUGGUGUCCCUCGCGCCCUGUCCGCCACGCCGCCAACCUCGCGUACGCCCUCGCCUGGUUGCACGCCACGCGCUGGGCUUUUCUAGACGACAUGAGCCGCGCCGGCCUGUUCAUCUACGCCCCCUUGCCGGCGUCGCCCCUGCGCUUCUUGGGGUGCGGUUUCCCCGGAGAGCACUGGUGGCGCUGGGAUGCCACCUAUCUCCCGCGCUGGUACUCGUCGCCGGUCCAUUGGUGGGAGAGCGGCAUCGCGAUA